AUGUCUACCGAGGUCAUUCCUGCUACUCUGAAAGCAGUUGCGGCAGAGGUCGCGCAGCUCUUGAAGGACAGACAAGAAACCAUCUCUGUUGCAGAAACAGCAGCCGGAGGAUUGAUUUCAGCGGCACUGCUGGCCACACCAGGUGCGAGCGCAAUCUACAAAGGUGGCUUGACACUCUACACUCUACAGAGUAGAAUACAGUUUGCAGGUUGGAACCAGGAAAAUAUAGCAAGCUACAAAGGGCCAACACCAGAGAUCGUUGCUGGAUUGGCGGAGAAUGUGAGAGUGAAGCUUGAAUCCACUUACUGUGUUUCAGAAAGCGGCACUGCCGGCCCAACGGGCGGCACGACUCGUAACAGAACGCCUGGUUAUGUCGCGCUGGCAGUGGCCGGUCCAGCAGGUACGAAAACCUUAGAAAUUGACACUGGCAAAGGUACCGACCGCGAGCAAAACAUGCUUGCAUUUGCAAUCGGAGCUAUGAAUCUCGUGAAAGAGGUAAUCAGAGGAGAAGCAAAGAUGUGA